AUGCUAAUUAAAGCGGUGGUACCGUUGCUUUUCGCUUUAGCCACGAUCACAGCCGGAGCCGAUGGUCCCGAUUUUAGCUAUGGUGAUGCGCACUUUUCAACGGAUUACUUUCGAGCGGUCUACAAUGCAUCGAAUAAUUGUGUAGUUUCACCACUCUCGGUACGAUUAGCGAUGGCUGCUUUCUAUGAGGUGUCCGGAGUUGCCACGGAAGAAACAGUUCAACGGGCAUUUUAUCUUCCUGUAUUGAAAUCGCUGGCGAUCGAGAAUGCGGCCAGUUUGUUGGAGGAAAUAGGAACCAGUCAGCAGUUGAAAGUGGCGUUCAAAGUUCUGAAAAAGCAAAACUCUCUGUCGGACGAAUUCACUGAGACCUUGGGUAAGGUGUUCAAGAUUUCACCGAAAAACUUCGAGGAAAGGUCUUCAGUAUUGCACUCCGUCAACUCGUUAGCUAGUUUGGUUUCAAGCGGACCCCAUCGGAAUUUGCUCAGAGAAGAUGAUCUAAAUUCCAACGCUGAAAUGAUCCUUUUAAAUGCAGUCGCACUGAGAGUUUCCUGGGCAGAAAGAUUCCCGAUAGGUGAGACGAAACGGCAGGUAUUUGCCUUCCGGGACGGCCCCCGCGAGGUUGAUAUGAUGCAUGAAACGGUAGAAGUUUUGUACAAGUCAGACACGAACUACCACGCCAUCCAGAUCCCGUUCAGCGAGGAAAGUGACUUGACCAUGUGGAUUUUUGUGCCACGAGGCAGUGGAAAUUUCUUUUCUUUGAUGAAAUCGCUGUCCGCCACCCUGCUCGAAGACAUGGAAACUACGGCUGUUCCUGAGACUGUUGAUGUGUCACUUCCCCGGUUCGAAAUUCGAAGCAACCACGGAACGAGGACAGUGAUCGAUAAACUCGGCUAUGGUCAACUAUUUAAGGACAUUGAUUUUAGCACCUUCAAGGGCAGGAAAUCUGGCCUCAGUGAGUUAGUGCAAAGUGCGGCGCUGAAGGUGGACGAGAAAGGAACGCAUUCGCCAGGAGCUGCCACUCCUGCUGUUGCCCAGAAUCGUGCCGAGAACACCAAAUUUGUUGCAGAUCAACCGUUUGUUUUCAUUGUUAAGAAGAUUUCAACCGAUACGAUCAUCUUGAUUGGACACUAUUCGAACUACAAUUAG